AUGGGCGGCCACCAGCAGGAUCGCCAUGGGUAUCGAGGGCAAGGCAAUGUGAUGAAUGCGGGCAACGCCUGGAGUGGACCGUUAGGUGGGCCCGCACAAGAACACCACACACCCGUUCGAGGCUUCAACGCAACUGAGUUGAAAGAUGCACUCAGAAAAGACUCCCAACCUGUCGCCUACAAGUCUAAUGGCAAAGAUGCAAACAGCAUCAGAUCGAGUGGACCGUGGGCUUCAAAACGUAUGUGUUUCUUCAAUGUUGAAAAUAAAAGUCUGUGCUGA